CAAAUGUCCUGAAUGAACGUUUCAUGAGGAAUCAAUUCUGAUUGGCAAGUUGUUUUUUUCAUGUCUUUUUUCCCCCUUAUUUUCCCGUGUCAGGACUUACUCCAUUUGCAGGUUUGUGAUUCAGAUGGAUUUUGUGGAUGCAGACACGUUUUUAGAUUCUACUUAAGUAAGAGAUCAGAAACAGAGAUAAAGAGCAGCCAUUUGCAAAGGAAAAGCUUGCGGAGGGCAUGGCCUCCAAAUCUCCAUUAGAAAUGUAUCUCUCUUGUCCUGUGUGCUGUGAAGUCUUCAAAGACCCCGUGGUCCUAACGUGUAACCACAGUGUGUGUAAAGCAUGUCUGCAGACACUCUGGGACACCAGAGGAUCUAGAGAAUGUCCCGUUUGCAGGACAAAGUCCUCCGACGAUUUCCCACCCGUAAAUCUUAUGCUGAAGAAUCUCUGUGAGAGUUUACUAUGUGGAGGAGAUGGCGGCACAUCAGAUACAGUGUCAGGGGAGUCUGGGGUUCUGUGCAGUCUGCACGGUGAGAAGCUCAAGCUCUUCUGUCUGGACACUCAGCAGCUUGUGUGUGUGGUGUGCAGAGACGCCAGGGCCCAUAGGCACCACACCUUCAGCCCCACAGAUGAAGCAGCCAAACACCACAGGGGGGAACUACGGAUCAAAGUACAGACCUUACAGGAGAGACUGCAGGCCUUUGAGGAAGUUAAACUCUUCUAUGACCAAGCAGUAGCUCAUAAUAAGACUCAGGUUCAACACACAGAGAAGCAGAUCAAGGAGGAUUUUGAAAAGCUUCAUCAGUUUCUACGAGAUGAAGAGGCAGCCAGGAUAGCUGCAUUGAGGGAGGAAGAGGAGCAGAAGAGUCAGAUGAUGAAGGAGAAGAUUGAAAAGAUGAGCAGAGAUAUUGCAUGUCAUUCAGAUGCAAUCAGAACAAUAGAAGAGAAGAUGGGAGAUGAUGAUAUCACAUUCCUGCAGAACUACAAGAGCACAGUAGAAAAAACCCAGUGCACACUGCAGGAUCCAGAGAGGGUUUCAGGAGCUCUGAUCAAUGUGGCAAAGCACCUGGGCAACCUGAAGUUCAGAGUCUGGGAGAAGAUGCAGGAGAUUGUUCAAUAUACUCCUGUGACUCUUGAUCCCAACACUGCUCAUCCAAAUUUCUUCAUGUCUGAGGAUCUGACCAGUGCUCAGGUCAGACAGGAGAGACAGCAGCUUCCUGAUAACCCAGAGAGGUUUGAUAAGUAUGCCUGUGUGCUGGGCUCUGAGGGCUUUAACUCAGGGACUCACUGCUGGGAUGUGGAGGUUGGAGAGAACACAUGGUGGGGUGUGGGUGUGAUGACAGAGUCUCUCCAGAGGAAGGGAGACUUUACUUUCAUGAGUGGACGGUGGUAUGUGUUUUAUAAGGACAAUACUUAUAUAGCACGUGCUGCACCACAGCCCCCCACUCUCCUCACAGUGCAGCAGAAACUCCAGAGGAUCAGAGUGCAGCUGGACUGGGACAGAGGAAGGCUGUCAUUCUCUAACCCUGAUAACAACACACGCUUACACACUCUCACACACACAUUUACUGAGAGAGUAUUUCCAUAUCUCAGUGCUGGCUGUAAGGUCUGUCCCCUGAGGAUCUCACCUGUGAAGCCUUCAGUGACCGUAGAACAGCACGGCUCCAGAGCAAAGAUGGCCUUUAAAAUAGGGCCCAUCUGCUUCUACUGAAAGGAGUCCGACACCGUCUCUCAAACUCAAGGAGGGAUCUUUCAAGGCUGCUAUUUGAAGGAAGUUAUGUCAAUACAGUUUUAUGCAGCCUACAGUAUAUCCCUCUAUGGUACAGUGUUUUGCCUUAUAAAAUAAAAUGAGACAUCUCUUAAAUAAGUAAUACCUCUUGGACUGGACUUGAACUGGACAACUCAAUACCAACCAAUAAAAAUGCAAAUUAAUGGUCACAUGCCUCACAGGUAGCAAUAGACCUGCCUACAAAAAGGGUCCAAAGCUGCCAUCUUUGCCCAUGUAAGGAGAUCCGGAAGUUAAUUGAAGUUGCAUUGUAAGUUAGCUCUGGGGUAGCAAAAAUCAAAGUGUGCCGUCUUCACCUACCGAAGAUCACAGUAUCCACUAUGGCAGUGGACAAAACUGUGUAGCGAAAAACGUCUGCAUUUCCAAUGUCAUCAUCCCCGCAAGAGUGCGAUAAUUGAAAAUCCCCAUGUUAUUUUCCCAUAGAAAAAAUCUCAAGAUACAGGAUUUCCUUAUUUGGGCAAAGAUGCUAGCUUUUUUGUGGGUGAACUUCGGAGGUCUAUUUUGACCCUUCUUUCAGCACAUGCACACGUGGCUGGGUAUUAUAUUUCCACCCUAGAAAAGUGUGCAUUUCACUAAUUUCCCUUGUUAAUUACCCUAAUUACCCUAAAUUCACCUUGCCAGUUGCCUCGCUGUAGAAAUGCCUUUCGAAAAUGGCCGCGUUUCCCAAACACUUUAAGAAGCUCUUAACGCUAAGAUCUUCUUCGGAGCGCUCUUAAGAACGCUGUGAAAGAAGAACGUGUUUCCCAGAGUCGCUCUUAGCGAAAUUUAUUCUAAAAGUCUGCUGUGACUUCACUUGGUAACACUUUACUUGACGGGUUCGUUCAUAACACAUUCAUAACAACUGUCAUGAACUGCACACGAAGCAUUCAUGACUGUUUCAUGAAACAUGACUCAACAUUCAUACCAACCCUUUCAUGAAUGUGGAAGACGAAACGUCAAAAACUUGUAAAAAUAAAAGUCCAACAAUCGCAAAGCAGCAUUGCUGUCUUUUUUGUUUUAGCCAACCUGAUCAUGUCACAUCUUAGUCAACAGGGGAAGUCCAGUGUCCAGGAGAAUUUAGUUUUUUGUUUGUCUGUUUGUUUAUUUUAUGAUAGUAACCUCUGAAGAAUGCAUAAUUGUCUACACCAAUGACUGCAUAUAGGCUAUAAAACAGGAAUGUCCAACCAUUCAGAGGUCCACAGAUGGUCAGUAGUUCACUUCCCAGUAUGAUGAAUACUUCACAACUCGUGUAGUAAAGUGACAUUUGAAGUAGACUUCAUAAAAUAUUCAUGAGAUGUUUACAAACGCUGGAGAGGAUUCAUAACACCCUGUAUAUGGAUUACUAGAUAGUUGGACUUCUAUUUUGACAAGUUUUUGUCAUUUUGUCUUCCACAUUCAUGAAGGUGUUGGUAUGAAUGUUGAGUCAUGUUUCAUGAAUUAGUCAUGAAUGCUUAAUGUGCAGUUCAUGACAGCUGUUAUGAAUGAACCCGUCAAGUAAAGUGUUACCAAGAUGUUUUUUGUCUUUGAAGUCUUUUGUAAGUAUGUUAUUUGUUUUCUCUCUCAUUGUUGUUGUUUAUGACGUUUUUCUUUGGAAAGUGCAUUUAGUUCCAAUUUAUCUGUAUAGCUUGUUAGUUUGUCAUUUCAGGUGAUUUCUUAUUGUUUAUUUUCCAGAUCUUUUAACAUAGCAGUCAAGUUCUCCAAAUCUGAUAAUUUGCCACUCUUUUCUUGUAGGAUGAAUAACUAAUUAUCCAGCAAGUCGCUUGAUAUGCUUCCCAUUACCAAAGCAUAAUCUCUGAAGUCACAUUUUCUUUGAAAAAAAAAAAAAAAAGCUCUGCAUUUCUAGUAAUCACAUUUCUCCUCUUAAAGUCAGAGUCUGACAACAGAGAGUUAUUUAGUGGCCAUUUUGGAGAUUUUAAAGUGUAGAUUGUAUGGCAAAAUGACAGGGAGAUAGGAACGUGAUCAGGGCGUACAUCAGUUUAUUUUCUCUAAAUACGAUUUAUUUAUGAGUAGUAUGUUGUUCAUGUUGCAAUAAUUACUUGGAGCAAUUCAACAAUGAACGAUAAAAUGUGUGUUUACAUUGGAUAUGUGCAGCAAACAAGUGACUCUCUUCCAUUGACUUCCAUUGUAUUAAAAGAGCACCUCAUGUGGUGCAAAGUGGUACUGCAGAUCAAAUGUAAGUUCAGUGGAUUUAUGGAAAAUAUUUUCAAAAAAACAUAUCUCAAAUAAAGAAACUCAGCAACAAGCCCGAAUUUUAAACAGAUGAUCCUCACAUACAGAAUGAUGUAUGGUAAUAUUUUUAAAAAUUGGCUUUUUGAAAAUCAAGCCCAAUUAAAACAAAAUGCUCUGACAAUAUGAUAAUGAUUACAACCAAAGUUAAUGCAUGGACAUGAACUUAUAGUCCAUAUAUGAGUGGGAAAAUUCAUCAGAUGAAUUGGUGGCUCAUACUUUUUGAAUGAGAAGCCUUCAAAAGUGAUGAUCUCUUUUCACAUAAUGAAUUUAUUGCCAUUUUCAGAGCUUUGCAGAGGGGAAAUGACACAAGAUACAUCUCAUCUGAUCGGAUGUUUUAAUUCAACUGGAAAUGUCCUUGUAAUCGCACAGUUUCACUAAUGAAUGGAGGCCUUCUGUCUUUUAUCUGCUUUCGUUGUGCCUACUUUGAGUGUGCAUCCACCAAAACUGAAGCGUUCUUCUUCACAGCCUUUUCUGAAGCCUAAACUGUCGUUAUUUGAAGUUGUUAUUUCAACAUUUUGGAAAUUCAGGUAAUUUCAUCGACCCCAACCACAACAGGCAGGAUAAGCUUGUUCAUACUUUGCAGUCACGUGACUACCAUGGAUACCUGGCGGAUGGAUUUUGGUGAUAAAGCUACUCUAAAAGGAAGCUAACGACUUACACAGACUGGGAUGUGCUCUGUGAACCCCAUGUAAAUAACAUUGACCAGGUGAAAAUGCAGCUGAGGAGACUAAACCAGAGGUCCCAGGUCCGGAUGGUAUCCACUCAAGAGUCCUGAAGGUCUGAACGGAACAGCUCUGUGGUAUUUUGCAGCACCAUUUUAACCUCAUUCUUAGUCAGGGAAGAUUGCCUACUGUAUGCUGUGGAAGACAUCCUGCCUUGUUCGUCGAUCUGCCCUCAAUGACAACAGACCCGGUUACCUUCAUCGCACAUAAUGAAGGAACCAGAGAGAAUGGUCAUGUCAUAUCAUCUGCAGAAGUUAUUAGAUGAUUCUGCAGGACAGGUAGGAUGUUGCAAGAUUCUGCAGAAACAACCACAUUGUCUUGAAUGUGGCAAUUUGAGCCCCUUCCUUCUGGUUCCCUUUUCAGACUUCCACCAAUCAAAACCAACAGAUAUAGACAAUCUUUUAUCCCGUCUGCUGUCUCCCUUCUCAACUCUAAGAGAAGGAGGUAGCUUAUUGCACAGCACACUUCAGUUUCAUAACACUUGGCCAGCUUGGUCUAGGCACAGCACAGUGUGUUAUUUUUACACAUCUUAUCAAUGAUGUUGCCUGACUGUCAUCUGUGAUCUGUCCCUUGUUUAUGUGAGUGGUUUGUGUUAUAUGUUGUUUUAUGCUCUUCGCUCCUGCAAAUUAAUUACCCCAUUGGGGGGCAAAAUAAAGUUGAAGUUGAAGUUGAAGUUGAACAACAUGGGAAAUGGUGUUGGACUUUUGGAGGGCCAGGCCUGAGCUGAAUACCACUUCAAUACUGGGUGAGGAAGUAGAUGUAGAAAACUAUAAAUAUUUGUGGGUUCUCCUAGACAAUAAACUGCACUGGAGGCACAACACCAAGGCAAGAAGUAUACAAGAAGGGUCAAAGCGGACUAUAUUUCUUUGAAUGUAUAUGCCGAAUGUGAAAUGUUAUAGUGUUACACAGUCUACGGUAAUUUAUUGUCAUUGUAGUAUGUAAAAAAUACUGAGAUGAUUAGUUUCUUAUAUUACAACUAUUGUCUUCAGGACAGUACAGUGUUAUGCCAUUCUUCACUGAGAGGGCAGCUGUUCCAGUAUAACACUACAUUAAUGUUACAAUGCUUUAGUGCUGAAAUGUUGUUUAAUAAAAACUGGCA